UGACUUGUGCAAGUCCAAACCCGAACAAGACGACCUGACCCCCCCGACUCCAUGGCCGCCCCAAUUCCACUCCAUUCUGGUCAUGAACAACAGUGUUAUUCACGAAGUGAUCGACCUCUGGUACGAUUGGCCCAACGGAAGAAACUUCAACAUCAUCCAGCACCAGCUAGGGAAUGUCCUCCACGAUCUCGAGUGGAACAACGGGACUUCCUUCUUUUACACCCUCGAUUCCUUUAAAACCUGCAGCAGCGUUCAGUUCGAGGUUGGGAUUUUACGCCCCGACUGGCUCGACGGAGCUACGUACUUGGGUCAGCGAGAGGCGGACGAGUUCGUUUGCAAUGUGUGGGAGAAAGCGGAUUUCAUCACGUAUUUUGAGGAUGUGGUCACUAAGAGACCCGUUCUCUGGAUCUUCUACACCGGCGAGUCUAACUGAUUUCGAUUCAGUUCA